CAGGCGCUUUCCGCGGAUUAUUUGAGAAAAAUAAAAACUUCUUUAUAAAAAUAUUUUGAACAGAUUUAUGUUUCAUACAGGACAAAAUCCAUCUAUUUCAUUUUCUAAGUAAAUAACUUGUUUGUUGUCAAAUUAUUCAAGGGAUAUCUUCAACAGGGUAUGGAGAAGCCUGCAGAUACUUUCUUUUCAAAGUUACGUAACCUUGCAGCUAAGAUAGACAAAGAAUGUGAGCAGUAUAAACUGGCAAUAACUGAACAAAAAGACGAGUGCGCAGUGCCGCAAGCUAUUAAGGAUAUUACAGAUUUGAAGAAUGAUGUUAAACAAUUAAAGGUACCAAUACGCACAGAAAUAGAAAGACAGAGGGAUGAAGCACAAAAGCAGAAUAAAACAGCAAGUUUAGUUAGCAAUUUUCUGAACAAUUAUGUUUCAAUACAAGUUACAGAGAUAGAGGAAUACUUGGCACAAUAUGGCUUUAAACCAUAUGAAGAAACUUGUAAAAAACAGAAUAAAGAUAUAGAAACAGAAAGUGAAGAUGGGCAUGAUCAGGAAUCUGCUGCACCAAAAACACCUCCAAACAAUGCCAAACCGGUUGAUCCAAAUCGCACACCUAGAUUAGAGGAUGCUGGGAUAUCCAUGGAAACAAUGCAGUACCUCAAUAGCUUACAGAAAAAUAAACAACAUCCAAAUAGAGCAGCACCUGCAAGUCAGAAGUGUGGUUGGGGAGAUGUACCUCCUGAUUUCAGACAUAAUGGUAUCUUAUGUACACCAAGUCUUGGGAAAAUUUGGAGUUCAGAUAUCUCAUACAGCACUGACUUACAUUCAGCAUUAGCUAGUCCUGUCCUCAUGUCAUCUACUAAAGAAAUGCCUGUUAAGGAAGAGAAGUCAACACUUCCAUUCCCAUCUCAACAGCAACUCUUCAAUACAAAACACUCCGACAGCCCAGCAUCACCUGUGUUUCAAACACCAGGAAUCAAACAAAUUCUAACAGGUACAAAGGAGCAUGGACCUAGCAUGUUGAUUACCUCAAGUAAGCGGCCCUUGCAUGUUAGCUUGUUUCAAGAUGAUCAAAAGGAUAAACUGGUAUCAGGUGAAUCAAAGAAAGAACUGAAUGUACCGGAUUUGACGACGCGAUAUGAUGAUGGUGAACCGGUCGAACCAGAACUUACAUACAGUCUCGAGGCUUUGUCAGAUAUGACUGGUAUGUACAUGAUUAAUCCUGCAAAAAAUCCAGCCGCUCAGGGAAGCGUUAAGCAGUUUCCAUCAAGUGUAGAUAUUGCCAUCAACAACAAAGAGAAUGCUACACCUCCUGAACCAGAGAUGUUAACAGAACGUAUUAAAAGAGUUCACAUUAAACAAGACUCUAAGGUCACUAAAGAAUUUGUACCAAUCCACACUACGUUAAAUGACGAUAUGCCACCAUCACCACAAUUGUUUGGAAGUUACAACUUUAAGUGAAAUAAGAACUUUUGGACAUGUAUAAGAGCUUGUUAAUACUUAUGUAUAAAAUAUGUAUUUUUCUGUAUCUUUCUAAUGUAUAGAAAUUUUUGAAAAUGUUUCAGAUAUAUUUCUGAAAAAGAUUGAAUUUUAGCUCGAAUAAAAUAUUUUUUACUAAAACUUCUUUCUUUCAUAAGGAAUUAACUUAAACUACAAAUAUAAUUAUGUUCCGUAAAAUCACCCGAAUUAGAUGCGAUAAAGUUUGUUUAUCUAUCACCAAUAUUUUCAGAAAAACUCCAUCUGUAAUCUUCUGAACAUACAAUUUUCCUUCUUCUUUUUUUUUUCUUUUUUUUAUUAUUAUUUUUUUUUACUGUGAUUUUAUCAUAUAUGAUAAGUUCGUAACAUUGCUCCGAUAUUUCGAGAACAAUCUUUUUUUUCCCUUCUUUUUUUCAGGGAUAAAGUUCAAACUAAAAACUUAUCUUGCCAUAGACAUCUACAUCAUAUGUGAUCAGGUUCAUAAGUUUAGCAUCUAUAUUCCUAGAACUAUCUCCAUUUUUUAGCUCACCUGUCACAAAGUGACAGGGUGAGCUUUUGUGAUCGCUUUUCGUCUGGCGUCCGUCCGUCCGUCCAUCGUCCGUCUGUAAACUUUUACUUUAAAUGACAUGUCCUCAUAAACCACUAAGCCAAUUUCAUCCAAACUUCACAGGAAUGUUCCUUUGGUGGUCACCUUUAAAAAUUGUUCAAAGAAUUUAAUUCCAUGCAGAACUCUGGUUGCCAUGGCAACCAAAAGAAAAAACUUUAAAUAUCUUCUUUUAAAAAACCAUAAGAGCUAGAGCUUAGAUAUUUGGCAUGAAACAUCUUCUAGUGAGUGUCUACCAAGUUUGUUCAAAUAAAAGCCCUGGGGUCAAAAUUGGCCCCGCCCCGGGGGGUCAUUGAUUUUCCCUAUAUGCAUAUAGUAAAAACUUAAAAAAUCUUCUUUUAAAGAACCCAAAGAACUAGAGCUAAGAUAUUUAGCAUGAAACAUGUUCUAAUGGGUGUCUACCAAGUUUGUUAAAAAAAAGCCCUGGGGUCAAAAUUGGCCCCGCCCCGGGGGGUCAUUGAUUUUCCCUAUAUGCAUAUAGUAAAAACUUAAAAAAUCUUCUUUUAAAGAACUCAAAGAGCUAUGGCUAAGAUAUUGAGCAUCAAACAUUUUCUAAUAGGUGUCUACCAAGUUUGUUCAAAUAAAAGCCCUGGGGUCAAAAUUGGCCCCGCCCCAGGGGGUCAUUGAUUUUCCUUAUAUGCAUAUAGUAAAAACUUAAAAAAUCUUCUUUUAAAGAACCAAAAGAGUUAGAGCUAAGAUAUUUAGCAUGAAACAUGUUCUAAUAAGUGUCUACCAAGUUUGUUCAAAUAAAAGCCCUGGGGUCAAAAUUGGCCCCGCCCCGGGGGGUCAUUGAUUUUCCCUAUAUGCAUAUAGUAAAAACUUAAAAAAUCUUCUUUUAAAGAACUCAAAGAGCUAUGGCUAAGAUAUUUAGCAUGAAACAUGUUCUAAUAGGUGUCUACCAAGUUUGUUCAAAUAAAAGCCCUGGGGUCAAAAUUGGCACCACCCCGGGGGUCAUUGAUUUUCCUUAUAUGUGUAUAGCAAAAACUUAAAAAAUCUUCUUUGAAAAAACCCAAAUAGCUAGAGUUAAGAUAUUAAGCAUGAAACAUCUUUUAGUGAGUGUCUACAAAGUUUGUUCAAAUAAAAGACCUGGGGUCAAAAUUGGCCCCGCCCCGGGGGUCAUUGAUUUUCUUUAUAUGUGUAUAGCAAAAACUUAAAAUCUUCUUUGAAAAAACCCAAAUAGCUAGAGUUUAGAUAUUAAGCAUGAAACAUCUUCUAGUAAGUGUCUACAAAGUUUGUUCAAAUAAAAGCCCUGGGGUCAAAACUGGCCCCGCCCCAGGGGUGUCAUUGUUUUUAAUUAUAUGUGUAUAGUAAAAACUUUAAAAAAAUCUUCUUUUAAAAAGCCCAAUGAGCUAGAGCUUAGAUGUUUAGCAUGAAACAUCUAGUCUUAUGGGUGUCUACCAAGUUUGUGCAAAUAAAAGCCCUUGGGUUAAAUUGGCCCUGCAACGUUGGGGGGUGGGGGUUGGGGGGACUAUAUACAGGUGAGCGACCUCAGGGCCAUCAUGGCCCACUUGUUUGUUAAUUUUUAGCUCGACUAUUUGAAAAGUAGUGAGAACUAUUGUCUGUGUCGGCAUGGCUGUCACACUGAAGGUUAAGUUUUUGCAUCCAAGUUGGUAUCUCCAAAACUACGAAAGGAAAUGGAUUGAAACUUUACAUACUUAUUUGAUAGUAUAAUAGGUGGUCACUGUUCAAUGCCCAUAACUCGGACAUGGAUUUUGACAGAAUUAUGGCCCUUUUUGAACUUGAUAUUUCUACAUUUUCAAGGUUUGUGUUUUACUAUCAAGCUCUGAGAUCACUCAAGCAUGCUCUUGUAUUCAUAUUUUUUCUCUUUUGUUACUUUUGGUGUCUACUUAAAUUGAUUAUUUCUUAUCCUUACUGACAUGUAUUUCUCUUCAACUCUUCAUCAUCUACGGUACUGAAGAGAUUUGUUUUAGAUUUCAAAUUAUUUUUUUUUUCCAUUAUAGAAUAGAAAUUUCUGUUGAUAUUUACUGUUUCACUUCCAUUGACAUGUUCACAUACUUGUUAUGUGAUGGACAUUUGAGUUUUAUUAUAAUUUCAUGGUAUUGUAGAAAAAUAUAUAUUGUAGUAUUAUCAUUGAUUUUUUAUCAUAGUUUGGGGUUUCUAAGAUGUGACUUUACUUGUCAAGUGUUCUGUCUCCUGACAGCUCUUCUUUACAAAAGCCUAAUAAAGAAUAUUAUUUUAACUUAUUAUCAAACUGAUUUAUGAUAAAAAAAAUGAAUAAUAAAACACAUUAAAAAGCA